AUGGAGGUGAUACUCCUUGACAUUUUGGAAAAUAUGAGAUUGGAAGCGGUUAAAUCACCCCGACUAUCUUUCACAGCAUUGGGCGAAGAUGAGUGGCAAAGAUAUAUUGGACCAGUUGUUAAGUCUGUUGAUAAAGUUGGCUUAAAGCAAUGUAUAAACGAGUGUUUAGCAAGACCCGCAUGGUGUAAAGGGGUGAACUAUAAGAAAAUACAUCUACAUUGUGAAGUCGUGUCGUCUAUUACAUUGACGGAAUCUUCGGAGGAAUAUGUCAGCAUUCCUGUAAAUAAUCAGACAAUUGAAAGUACUGAAUGUCUAUCCUGCUCAUCUGGCGAAAAAUGCAUCACACUCUCAAGUAAUAGGACCUUUUGUGCCAAUGAUAAUAUUGAUCUGAAAGACUGCACAACAAUACAUGAUCUGUGGCCAUCAUUACCUAGUGGAUUAUACAGCAUUACAAUCCCAGCCCUCGGUCACGUGACUGUAUUCUGUGAAAUGGAGGCUGAUGGCGGAGGGUGGACAGUUUUUCAACGCCGAAUGGACGGUUCUGAAGACUUUUAUCGAACUUGGUCUGAAUACAGGAACGGCUUUGGAAACUUGACAGGAGAGUUCUGGCUAGGCAAUGAGAAGCUGUCUCGUCUACUUAGUCAAGGUUCCUACGAGAUGAGAAUGGACAUGGGGGACUUCGACAACCAAACACGUUAUAUCAAAUACUCCAGUAUCACUCUCGGUGACGAAGCCUCAAAAUAUGCAAUUUCACUUUCCGGCUAUUCGGGCGACGUAGCUGGUUGCUUUUUGACCGGAGUACCGGCCGCCCAUCUAAACAACAUGAAGUUCAGCACAAAGGAUCAAGACAACGACUUAUACCAUCAAAACUGCGCAACCAAGUUCAAAUCCGGUUGGUGGCACAAUGCGUGCCAUUGUUCCAAUCCAAACGGUCUCUAUUUGGCGGGAAAUACAACCAUAUUUGCUGAGGGUGUUGUGUACAAACCAUGGCGAACGUAUUAUUACUCGCUUAAAUCCAUGCGAUUGAUGGUUAAACGGACAACUGCGAAG